AUGGCUUCAAGAAUCUUCUCACGUACCUUGGCUACCGCUGCUGCCUCUGUCAAACCACCAGUCCAAUUGUUUGGCUUGGACGGUACCUAUGCCACUGCCUUGUACACUGCUGCUGCUAAAUCCACCUCAAUUGAAUCUGCUGCUAAAUCUUUAGAUUCAUUAAAGGCUAAAAUCUCCAAAGAUUCUAAAAUCGGUGAAUUCUUAUCCAACCCAGCCUUGUCUUCUGAAGAUCGUGCUGUUGUUGUUGAUACUUUAGCUAAAUCUACCCCAUCAAUUGAUGCUUCAGUUUCAAACUUGUUGAAAGUUUUAGGUGAAAACAACAGACUAAACUUGUUAGAACAAGUUUUCACCCAAUUCAAAGUUUUGACUGAUGCUCAUCAUGGUAUCGUUGAAGCAAUUGUCACUUCUUCAACUAAAUUAGAUUCAAAAAUUUUGAAAAAAAUUGAAAACUCAAUCUCAAAAUCAAAAUUUGUUGGUUCAGGUAAAACUUUAAGAUUAACUAAUGAUGUUAACCCAGAUAUCCUUGGAGGUUUGAUUGUUGAAGUUGGUGACAGAACCGUUGAUUUAUCAAUUGCUUCAAAGAUUGCUAGAUUAAACCAAACUUUGAAAGAAGCUAUCUAA